AUGAAUUUGGUCGACAUUCUUGUUUUUUCGACCUUGAUUUCCGCCGUUGACCCUGUCGCGGUCCUUUCAGGUGUUCUCUAGAGUUUGAUGGGUAUAAUUAACAACUUUAUUAUUUUCAGUUUUCGAGGAAAUUCAUGUUAAUAAACUGCUUUAUAUCUGCGUCUUCGGAGAAUCACUUCUAAACGAUGCCGUUACAAUUGUAGGGCAAAUAUUUUUUUUUAACUUGAUAGGGUCUUUCAAUGCUUGAGGCAAUUUACGAAUACCAGAUAACUUCGAAAUUCAUCGAACCUUUCAUCAAAUAAAGGUUUUGAUAACCCUUUUUCAUUGAACUCAAAACUAAAGACCCUAUAAGCGGUUAAUAUCCAAAUUUACCUGAGGAUCCUCCAAAUCGAAGUUCCAGGUUCUCUAUCACGCUUUUCAUCACAUGACGAAAAUCGGGCAAAUGCACUUGAUAUACCAGGAUUUUACGAACACCAUGUACAAUUUCCUGCUCGUUGCUGGAGGAGGAGUGCUGAUCGGAUUGGUGUUCGUCUGCUUAACAGCCCUAGUCACCAAGUGAGUUUUUAUUCGACUUAGUGAAAAAAAAAAUUUUCGAAUUUAUAAUAUUAAUUAUUUGAAGACGUUCUGGGAUAAUUUUUAGUGACCUUUAGGGGUUCGCCAAGGACUACUUGAAGAGGACACUAAAGUGGUCACUAAACUCACCUCUAUAGUGGCCACAAUAAGGUUUUAACGUUUUUGACCCCUAAAGCGGUUACUCAAACUUUUUAAUGGUCUAUUAGUAGCACUUAAACCUCUAUAGAGGCCACUAAUUUGACUACUAUGGUCGCCACUAAAACGUCGAAACCCUAUAGAGGCCACUAAAAAUUUUUCCAGUAAAAUGCUCAAAAGAAAACAAAAAAAAAACGCGAUUUUCUUGUCCGUAGAGCAACUUCAGAACGAAUUUUGAUUUUUUGUAAUUAAAAAAUGUUUAAUCCGAUUUUGUCCACCAUUACAGCUCUCGAUCAGGUGAGAGUUGAGCAUGGAAAAUUUCCUUGAUCAAAAAAAAUCCCAGAAGGCAACCCCGCUUAUACCUACCCCUUUGAUGUUUUAGCACUUGAAUAAAGAUUGUUUUUUCAACGCCAAAUGAGCUUUUCAAACUUCAAAUUCCAGAAUAAAAGCAAGAUGAGAAUAAACGUUCUAAAAUUAGCGUCUCAACAACGAUAAAUCGAGAAACAAUUUUUAGAAUGAAUUUUAGACACGGUUCUGUAGCACCUAUUCUACAACCUCUGAUUUGCCUGGUAAUGCCGUACGUCGCAUAUUUGCUCUCCGAGUUGGUUCAUGCUUCUGGAAUCCUAGCGUAUGUUGCUAUUUUUCAAUCUACUAAGGCCCAAGGUUUGAAGAAUCGUCACAUGCGGAUUGAUGAUGAAACCCUACAUCUGCGGAAGCUUAACAGAAGAAGCGCUCAUCACUGUCAAAUAUUUCUUGAAGACUUUAUCAUCGAGGUAAAAAGAACCGUACGUUUUCACUGGACAUCUUAUUUUGAGUUCGGAGGCUAUCAUUUUCGUUUUCCUCGGGUUUUCAAUUUUCUCGAAAAAUCAUCGAUGGGACGUCGUCUUCACUGGCGUCGUUGUUUUUGCGUGUCUUAUAUGUCGGUUUGUAGGUUAGUCUUUUCAUUACGUAUUUCUAUUCAUGUGAAAAAGGGGGAAAUUGCAAAUUUUGUAAAAUACGGCGAGGAUUUUUUUGGAGCGUCAUAACUCAGCCAAAAGAUUGUACGAAUUACCAAAAUCAUCAAAUUAUUUACAAGUCUCAAGUUUUCAUUCAUUCAAGCUUCUCUCGUCGAAUUUUUUUCAUCAAGUCUCAAAUUGAAUUUCCAUCACUUGUCAAUUUUACCGGCUUUAAAACUCUCACCUCGAUGCCUGCUUUUUUUUAAUAAACCUUAUCAAAAGAUCUUCAAAAGGACAGUUUCAAGUACGAAAUUCCCUCUUAUAGAAUACGUUACCCCAAAAAUUCAACAAUUUCCCGUCUAUAUUUCGAGAAUUCCAAUUUUAAAUUCCACAUUACAGCCGUGUUUUCUCUGACAGCAAUUGCCAACCUGAUGAGAUCGAGAAAAAUUGGAAUUCGUGACCAGAUCAUUAUGGCCUUUGGCGGUUUGCGCGGAGCCAUCUGUUUCGGGCUUGCACUCACCCUCGGUUGAUUUAUUUUUUGAAUCGACUUUUGAAAGAAUGACUUCAGACGGAGAAGCCAUAGUAUCGAAACCGAUACUAAUAUCUACAACUUUGGUUGUGAUAGCUGUGACUGUAUUUAUUCAGGUUUAAUGGUUUUCUUUUUCAUCUUAAUUUAGAAGCUUUUAAAGGAAAAUUUCGGAAAUUUAUUCAGUGUACAGGGCACAAUAAUCAAGAAAUAAAAUUGUCAAAUUUUCUGAAAAGCGUCUUUUUAAAAAUUCGGCAGUUUGAUGAACAUUUUCAGAAUUGUUUUUCGUCCUUUUUCAAACUGUUUCGAUUGGAUUGACCUUCUUUUUUAAUUGCUCAAUUUUUCAGGGAACGACCAUCAAGCCUCUAGUGCUUUAUUUGGACGUAACGACAGAUGAGGAGGAAGAAAAAACGAUUAUUCGAAGGGUUUUUGAUGACGUAACUAUUUGCUCUUUUGAAAUUUUUUUUUUGAAAGUGGUUAAUCAAAAGGAACGUUGUCUAGAAAUUCUUUAUCAUUUUCUAAGUGACACAUGGGAAACAGAGCAAAUACAUGAAACUGUCAAACCAAUGAAAAAAAUGAUUCAUUUCAGAGCGUUGAAGAUUUGAUGAGCGCCGUUGAAGCAAUCGUAGGAAAUAAAGGCCCCUAUUAUGUGAGUUCAAUUUUCAAAGAAAUGAAGUCAUAAGUUUGCCCUGGUGGGUUGAAAAUUUGAUGGAUGCUCAGUAUAAAAAAUAUUUCAAGGUUUUCCGAACCCUCAUCACAAAAUUAUCAUUUCUUUUUUUACUAUUCGAAAACCCCCACAAAAAUUAUUUAUCGGAUUGAUAUUGCUCAAUCUUGCCUAAUUUCAUCAAUAUCAUCUAAAAGUUUCCUUUUUUUAAAAUCAGCAUUUUUUGCAAUGAAGGGUGAUUAUAAGCGCACAAAGCAGAUGUGGUCCACUUUUGGCAUCCUGAUUUUCAAAUAUGUCAGUGUCAUGCAUGUUAAAUCCAAGUGAGAGACAAUCCGCCAUAACUCAAAAGGUCUAGCCGUUCAUUUGGUUCGAACAAUACAUUUGUCCUGAAAUGCCCUGAACUUGACCUUGAUUUGGGUUUUGCUCGACAGUUUUAUUUAAGAACUGAAAAAAAUGUGUUUCGGUCAUUACUCAAUGUGGAGUUGCAAUAAAACUGAAAAAAAGGACCACUAGAAUUUUCAAAGGUUUUUUUAAAGUUCAAACCACGGGACGACAUUGAGUGAUUGAAAUGGACAAGAUUAAGCAACGCUUCAAGAAAAAUAUAAAAUUGGUUUUGAAACUUAUCUUAUGGAUGUGCUCGAACUUGAGCUAACUUACCUCGGAACUAAAAUCAAUUUUUAUUUUCAACUUGAAAUAAAUCUCAUUGAGUGGGGCUUUUUUUUAAGCCUUUUGAAGUCAUGAUUGAGAGCUUUUUUCUCGAAAUAUGUAUAAAGGAAACUCAAUGCUACAGACCUGACUGAAAUAUCAAAAGCUUUUCUGGGACUUCUCAAUAAUUGAAUAAAUCUGGUAAGAAAUGCUCUUUUUCAGUGGCGCCGUCAAGCUUCGAAGUUGAACGACAGAUAUGUGCAGCCAACCUUGACACGAAAAACCACCAGUCGAGGUGUACAGCUCCUAAGAAAGUACACGGUGAUGUCGACGGAGGAGCAGAAGGAAGCUUUGCUGAAAACGUUCGGAGUCUGA